AUGUGUAGGCAGGAGUCUGAUGCUUCGGGAGAAUCCACUAUGCGAGCGGAGUACAAAGUGGAGGGUCUGCGUCCGGCUACAGCAUACGCGAUGAGAGUGGCGGCCGUCAAUGAUGUAGGAGAAAGCGCAUACUCUGACGCUGUUAUUCUACAAACCAUGGAGGAAGCACCGUCAGAACCUCCUCAUAAUGUUGAAGUGCAGUCGACUGCACCUGGAGAACUUCUGGUUAAAUGGCAGGCUCCACCCCAGGAGUCUUGGAAUGGAGAGCUGCUCGGCUACUUGGUGACUUGGAGAGAAGCUGGCUCCAUGGACACCGAGAACACUACUCAAGCGAUCACAAUUGCGGGUUGGGGAGCCACACAGGUAUCUUUUGUUUACUAUCUAAGACCGUUAAUGAGAGCAAAAUCCGAUCAAGAUUUAUCAACGCAUAAUUAUGUAGCAAACUCAACAAUGAACUCAUCUAUAUUGGAUGCUACUAUGAAAAGUUUACCGAUGUUAGAUCCGGAUUCAUCACAAAUAUUUGAAUUGAAACGAGAAAUUGAAGACUUACAAAAUGAACUAAAUAUAGCAAAUAAAGAGAUAGAAAACCUGAAUUCUGAAAAUACUAAUUUAAAGAAAAUUAUAGAAGAUAAAGAUCGGCAGAUAUUUCUAUUCACAAAUCUAACAAAAAACCCUACUUUAGCAAAUAAAUCAAAAAUAACAAAUACUCCUCAAUGUAGGAGUGUCCCAAAAUUUCCAAAACAUCUUGAGUUUGGACGUUUGACUCCUCUGAACCAGGCACUUCAUACACCAAAGAUAAAAACUAGUUCGCGAUUUUUACCAUUGAGCGAAUGUCAACGUAGAGCGUAUGAUAAAAUUGUGUCUCCCUCUGUAAUAAGGCUACAAAGAAUUGAUUUAACGACAAAGGAAAAGCUUUUAAUGGACGGAAACGACACAUGUGAGGACUUCUUAGACGCAUCGCAGCAUUCGAGAGCAGCUGCAUCAGAAUUUCCUGGUUCGCAACUACACCAUAAGCAGCGAAUUUUGAUAGUCGGUGAUGAACAACUGCGAUCGCUCUCUAUACAACUGAAAAAGUCGACUUUAGCGGAUGAGGAUCGACAGCAAUACGACAUCUUGGGAAUUAUUAAACCACAGGCUACGUGUGCGCAGGUGGGCGCGCUGCAAGCGGCGGCGCACUACGAGGUGCGCGCGCGCGCCUUCAACGCGGUCGGCGCCGGGCCCCCCUCCGCGCCCUUCACCGCCACCAUACUCGAGGGGGGUAAGAUAACUUUCUCUAUAAACCCCUCAAUUGACUCUUUUUUUUUAAUUUUUAUGGCCACUUUCCAGUUCCCAUCGACAUACCCUGGAUAUCAUCUCAGGCUAAAGUUCUAAUCGAGAUGAAUCAAACUCGUGCAAACUCGAUGGGGUCAAAUUAGAUAGGCUUCAAGGCUACUUUCCGGCUCUAUCGCCAGAUCAGCUCCCCUCUGUAUCUGUAUUGUAAUUUCGUCCAAAUUUCAGCACAAUCGAAAAUCAAGAAGUGGGUCUUAAGCUCGCAACAUUUGAUCCAUACUAAUUAAAAGAUUUCGCAAGUUCAAAAAGUGUCAACAAGCCCGUAUAUAUUUUUUUUCCUUCUCAUGA